CUUGUCCUUUGGCCCUUGGAGGUUCACUUGGUGCUUUCUCUCCUCAGGGUGGCUGUAACUAAGUUCUGCAGAGAGUGCCAGGCUCUGAGCUCCAGCUGUGUUUGGCUGAUCCUGCUGCAAGGCAUGUUUGAGAUGUCCGUGGUUCUGCUGCUGAGGGUAUAUUGCUUGCAGCUGGCUGGAUUGUCCCUGGAGCAGGACAACAGUGAGGGCCAGGUCAGAACCUUGGUGUUGCUGUUGAACUGAGCUUUGCUUCACUCAGCACAGGGAGCUGCCUUCUUUAUCAGUGCUGGGGUGUGUUUGUGUAACCCCUGCUGCUGGAGGGAGAUGUGGGAAAGGGGCUGUGGGUCAGGGUCCCACUGAGUCCCCAGGGUGUGCCCAGCCCUUGGAACAGCAGAGAGUUCACGUGUUCUGCUGCACCUCUGCUCCUUGGGCUUUGGGCCUUUCCUCAGCUCUCUGGGCACCAGGAGUGUGCAGGAGCAGAAUUCUCCUUUGGGCUGAGCCUGAUCUGAGUCUGAGGGGAUCAAGGGGAUCUGUGUUUGUUCCCUGGAGGAGCUGGCUUAUCCUGCAGGGAGCUGUGUCUGCUCGGGGACUGGCGGCUGCUUCUCCACGGGGGUGGGUCGGGAUAGAGCAGCUUAAAGGCCAAGCUGCAAAGCUGGCCUACUUCUGUGUUUUAAGUGACAGAGUUUAAGUACAGGGGAGUGGAAGAUCUAGGAAACAGCACAAAGUACAGGGCCUUGCUCCUCCUUAGUUCUGGAAUAAAGAAUUGUCAGCUGAUGGUUUUGAUUCCCUGGCCUCAGAAUGAAAACAUUCCUCCUGCUGUUGCUGCUCCAAGCAGGGAUGGCUGUGGAUGGAUUCCAGAGGCUGAAGUGUGCUGCACUUUGACCUCAAGGAAAACUCAGACGUUUUUGGGCAGAACAUUUUGGAGAGGCAGCAACGAGCUGCUGUUGCUCAGAGCCCGUGUGCUGGCAGGUUGUGUGGCAGGGUUGGCUCUGUGCCCCCUGUGGCACUCUGGGUGCUGCAGGGACCGUGGGGCAAUGCAGCCAUUCCUGCCUCGGGCUGUGUCUGUCCCCGAAGGAGGGGACAGCCUGUCCUGCCCAGCUCGGUGGCUGAUGGCAGCAGCCUUGAGGGGUACAUUGAUCAGGACAGAAAGAGAAAUGGCAAACACUUGAUGCAGUCAAAGGAUCCUGACUCCAGCAGUUGUGCCUAAAGCUUCCAUUUGACUUCUGAACACUUCUGUUUUAAUUCCUAAAGAGCCUGAGUGACUCAAGACCCCCGGAUGGCAUAGGGAGCUGCACCGACAUUACCUGCAUGCUAAUUAAAGUUAAAAGUAGUGGUUACAAAUACAUCCUGAAUCUUUUGCUUGUGAAAGAUGAAUCCACAGCAAAGAAAAGCAUAGAAGAGCUUAUGGACCCCAAAGGUGGAGCGAUAGGGAAACGCUAAUCUCGCAGAGCCUCAUCACCAAGAGGAUUAGGGAGGAGUUCAUCCGGUCACCGAGGGGCAGGAGCGGCCGCUGCAUGGCGGGGUGCCAUGGGCCGGCUGCGCGCUCCGCCCGAGCGCUGCUGGACGCGGCUCCUCCGCGCCGGGGGCUGCUGGCUGCUGUGGCUCUGCGGGACGGCGCUGCGGGGGCUGCGGGGGCUCUGGAGCCUGACGUGGGUCCUGCUGCUGUGCUACAAGAGCUGCUGGGAUGGCGCCUUCCAGGUCACCGAGGAGCUCGGCACAGCCCUGCAGCUUAGGCUAGGGAGGAGUGAGGAGGAGGAGGAAGCGGACUCAGAUUCUGCAUGGCAGCCUGGACAGACAGGGCAGCGGCGUGGCGAUGCCAGCGAGGCCGUGCUGGGGAGGCUGGAGGCUCUGGAGGCCGAUGUUCGCUUCCUCUGCACCGAGCUGGGGGCUGAGAAGCUGCUGUGGAGCAGCCGGUUCCUGGAGCUGCUGCGGGAGCAGCAAAGCCUGCGGCAAAGGCUGCAGGAGCUGCCCUGGCACUGGAAUGGUGGUGACAGCCCCGAGCUGCUGGGGGAGGCAGAGGAGCAAAGUGCCAGUGGGAGUGAGGGAGAGAGCCCAGAAGGACGCCAGUGGAUGGAGGCACCUCGGCAACCACGUGGCUCCAUCCAGCCUGAUGGCAGAAAAAGUAAGUGAAGGUGUGAGCAAGGCCUCAGCAGUUCAGGAAGGAUCCACACAUUCCUCCUGCCCAGGCCCUGCAGGACACAGGCAAGGCUGCUGCAGUGCCAGCUGUAUCCCUCCAUCCCAGCCCAAUCCAGCAGAACUGCACCGUUUGCCAGGAGCAGGAACCAGCUGGAGGCAGGUCAGGACAAGCCACUGGCCCUGGGUCUGCCCCAGGACACGUCACAGCCCUCCCUGCCAGGGCUGCCCCCGGGUUUCUGUGCCCCACAGGGGCUGGCUCUGAUGAAGCCCACAGAGGAGCAUCCUCCUGCUCUGCUGUUGUUGGGAUGCUCCAGGAACAAGGAGUCUGGUCAGCACUGGCUUCAUCACCUUGCACUGGGGCGACAGAUUGCAAAACUCACCCACUGACUUCCUGAUUGGCCACAUCCAUCCUCUCACGAGCUGCUCCUGCACAUGUCGCAACCCUGGGCAGCUCCUUGAGACAGUGGCCAAGGGCAAGCAGCUCCCCAGGCAUGGCUGACAGCCCCUGGCUGGCCAGAGGGGCUGGGGCUGGGAGCAGCAGCCCACAGGGAGCUGGGCUGAGGGG